AUGCCGGGGCCCAAGAACCCCCAAUGCUGCGAUCCCUGUCGCGUCUUGCAUCACAAAUUUGAUUUCAUACUUGAAUCAGGAAGCGGAGAACCGGACGAUCUGACCGAGAGAGAGACCCAUCAUUCACCAGGAAGGAAUCUGCGGAGCCACACACAGUCCAUUCCGAGUCCGGAAAGGCCACCGUCAAGUUCCUCGUACACUGCCAUAGUACCGGACUUCGAGAACCCAACGCAUGGAUUACCCGGGAGCUCUCGAUCGUCAAUUAUCCACGGACCAGAUACCCCCGAGCAACAGCAUGAGCGACGAUGGCCUCUGAGAGAUCCUCAAGAGGCGCGACUUUUGCAACAUUUUGUCAAUAACGUCGCCCCAUUUUUUGAUUGCACCGAUCGUCAACAGCACUUUGCUAUCCAUAUUCCCCACCGGGCGCGCCGUUGUGAAACCCUGUUCAACGCUAUAAUGGCCAUGUCCGCGCGCCAUCUGAACCGGACUACUGAUUUUGAUACUUUCGUGUCCGACCAUUACUACCAGGCGUGUCUGGAAAAACUGAUUCCGGCAUUGGACAACCAUGGGGUAACUAUGGAUGACGACUUGCUCACUGCUACUGUCAUCCUGCGCCUGCUGGAAGAAUUUGACGUCCCACUCGCUGGGUCAGAUAUUCGGGGACACUCCUUUGGAACAAAGGCUUUCAUACGGGGCCCCACGCUGAUGACCACGACACCCAGCCUUCGACAAGCUGUCUAUUGGAGUGGUUUGCGGCAAGAAAUUUAUAACGCGCUCAGUCUACAACAAGCCCCCGAUAUUGACCUGAGCUCUCUAAAUCUGAACUCCCAAUUUAGUCCGCUUGGACCGGACGCGGGGGACUGUGCAUGGGCAAACCAGGCCAUUGCACAUUGUGCGGAUGUGUUGAUCUUCUGCUUCGGGGAGGGACACCGCUCAACAGCUGUGCAUGCAGAGCUUAAGGCGCAGAAUGAGCAGUGGACGGAGACCCGUCCAGAUUCUUUCGACCCAUUCUUCGUAGGCGAGGAGGUGGAGAUUGGAGCCGCAUUCCCUGAUAUUCGUUUUGGAUGUCCCUGGCAUGCAAUUGGGAAUCAGUACACUGAUCUUGCACGGAUUCUGCUAGCCGUACAUGAUCCUACUUUACCGACAGUUGGUCCUCUGCGUAGACGGUUGAUCCAUGAAGCUGAUGACUUUAUCCGCAAGGGGGUGUGGACUGUGUGUGGUGCUGCGCUAUCUAACGCACAUGUACCUCCAGCCAUGGUCGUUGGAUGCAUGGCUAUCCAUCUUUGCGGUGAUCGGUUUACGGACCCACAGCAGCAGGAGCUGCUGAUUCAGGUUCUUGUUCGUACCGACACCCUUCAUGGUUGGCCAACUCAUGCACUUCAGCGACAGCUUCGGGAGACGUGGGGCAUUCCUUGA